UGUAAAACUGUUGCCAAAGGAUGUUUACGGUACGACAUGCAAUGCUUAUCACAACCGCGUUCAUACUAUAAUUUUCAAGUUUGCGCCAUCUUGCAUUUUUCCCGAGAAAGUUGUUUAACGAUUGUCGGUUGCGCGUUACAAUGGCGCUGCAUCGAAGAAAGGGAGCCCGACGUGCGGACGAGACGACCGACGGCGGUCUUGCAAGCUGGCUGGUUGUUGUCAACACACUCAUUUCUCUGGCGGUCUGGGGCGGUGUUAACAAAAGCUACGGGGUGAUGUUCUUUGCCAUCAGAGACGACUUUAGCACAAGCACGUGGAUCAUGGGAUGGGUUGUGGCUGUCAUGAGUUUUAGUGUUGAUAUGUUUUCUCCUAUCGUCAACCUUUUGGAGAGGAAAUUCGGAACUCGACAACUGUUGGUUGUUGGUAGUUUAAUGCUGAGCGUGGGCGUGAUUAUGGCAUCACUGACUACACAUCCAUCUCAGAUGGCGCUGUUGUCUGUCUUGGUAGUAGGGCCUGGGUUGGCCUGCUCUACCGUGGUAUCCAGAGCAUUGCUUGGUCGAUGUUGGACCAGACGUUACUCUCUUGCAUGUGCAAUCGCCUACAAUGGCAUUCCGUUGAGCCUGCUCUUCUUUGGACCUGUGUCUCAGGCUCUUCUUGAUGUGUACGGUUGGCGAGGGGCAAUUAUGAUCAUUGGAGCGAUCACUGUGCAUUUGGUGCUGAUAAGCACUGCCUUAAAACUUCCACCUAUCCAAGAAUACGCCAGAUUGCCGGGUAACAAUUGCACCAUCAAACAAACAACUUGUCAAAAAUCAAAGUCGACACGAGCUGGAGCGACAGAACUGACGAGCCUCCGGCUUGACGACGCUGACAAAAAUGAGCCUAGUUGUCUGCGUGGUGUCAUUCGUGGUUUGGAUCUGUCCCUGUUGGUGGAAGCUGAUUUCCUCUGCUUGAGUUGGAUGUCCUUCUGCGUGCGAUUCGACUUAGAGGCCUGGAUGAUCUACUAUGUCUCGCACGCUGGGGCCAAAGGCAUCGCUAUCAAUUGUUUGCUAUCCUGA